AUGUGCUCAGACUUUGACAAAAUUCUUGUGGGAAAACCUACAUCUAAGCCUUCAUCAGCGGAGGGUUCAGUGCUAACCGCAACCUUGUGCAAGAAGAAAUAUUUCGUUUCUAGUGUUAAUGUGGCGAGAAACGAAGCCGGAUUGCGUUGCAAGGCGAUGGACAUGUCGCUCUUGGCAGUAACUUCCGUUGAGGAACUGAAGUGUCUUGCCAGUUUGAAAGAAGUUGUUGGUUCGUUCUGGACGGGUGGCUCGAAUGUUGACGAGAAAUGCGAAUCUGGAAAAAGGUACGGAUGGUGUUCGACUGGCCACAUCAUGUCUUCGGCGCUGGUCUCUUUGUCCAACUUCUGGAUGCCAUCAGACGUCCCUCCUUCCAAUCUCGAAAGCUGUUUAGCUGUUUUGAUUUCAUCCCCUGAGAAGAAGGGGAUGGUGCAUAGGAAUUGCGACGAUCUUCUGCCCUACAUCUGCCAGUUCGCAGUGAACUGUCCUAAGACGUGCACCAAAAACAUGAGUUGGGAGGCGAGCUGGCGUCAAUGCUGCGCUUUGGGAAUGCAAACUCUAAAAAUCGACGAUGCUGAGGAGCAAGCGGGCCUUACAAAUAUGACCGUCGUUUUUAAAGACGCCUGGAAAGCGAAUUUCAACUACUGGACUAGCGGCACGUGGAAAGGGGCUCCGGUGGGCGAGUGGUCGUGGUGUGAUAUCAACGGGCCCACCAUCCUCGACCAGGGUCUAUCGUGGGAAAGCGGCCAACCAGACAACAAGAACGGAAACGAAAGCUGCAUCCACUUCCGCUUUGUUUUAAACUCGACGGGUACUGUCCUCACAGACAGGAAUUGCGCAAGCAAAUACAUCUACGCCUGCAAGGUAUGGAAUAAGAACUUGCACAUAUUAGAAUUGAAACACUGA